UAGCAGCUCAAAAACAACAAGCAACGGAAACAGAAAGAACUGCACCCCACAUCCCUACCCAAUCGAUUUUUCUGGAUUUUAUUGCCGUGGGAUGGCAGAUCUAUAACUUACUGUAUUAAACAGUAUGACCUGAACGAAGUUUCAAAUUUUUCAGUCGAAGGAACAGCGAACAUUUUGCUCCAGAUAUGGUUUCGUACGUGGCGUCGCGAGUUAUCAUGCUCGUGUUUGGGACUCUUUAUCCAGCGUAUUCUUCAUACAAAGCUAUAAAGACGAAGAAUGUCAGAGAAUAUGUUAGGUGGAUGAUGUACUGGAUAGUAUUUGCUCUCUUUAUUACCUUAGAACUCUUUGCUGAUCUUCUACUUGCAUUUUGGUUUCCCUUCUAUUAUGAAAUAAAGAUAAUGUUCAUGCUUUGGCUUCUGUUGCCAGCUACAAAGGGCUCAAGCAUUUUAUAUCGCAAAUUUGUACAUCCAUGGUUAUCUCGGAAUGAAAAGGACAUUGACAGCUAUAUUGCACAGCUUAAAGAAAGUGGGUAUGACACCUUUUUGAGAGUUAGUAAGAACAGCCUGUCCAUUGCUGCUGACACCAUGAUAAAGACUGCAACCACGGGGCAAACUGUUUUGGCUGAAAAGCUACGUCAUUACGGCACAGAUGCAACAGAUAAUAAACCUGCAAGACUUCACAAAGCCAGGUCAUGGUACGGUGGAAUGAAUGCCAUUGACAAUGAUUACUCACCAAUUGAUGAAUCUGAAGAGUUCAAUCUUAUAGAGGAAAGGGAAGAAGAGGAAGAAGAGUUUGUCAAUCCAGAUGCAGAAAGUGCAAAACUAAGGGACGAAUUGAGAGAGAAUCCUGAAGAAUCUAAAAGCAGGGUCUCCAAACAAUCUUCUACAUCACAGGGCUCAAGCCGUUAUAAAUCAUCUACUCUUCCGCGUUCCCAUGGGAAAACCUCAACCCGUCCAAGGGUUCAUGGUUCAGGCUAUGACCAUUUUGAGUCAACAUCAGCUUCAUACUAUUCUGGAUCCUCCACGAGAACUUAUGAGACAUCUACUCUUCCAAGACAGUAUGAGCAUGUCAACACUAGGGUUCAACCCAGACGAAGCCAGCGGAACAAAAAGGCGCGGUCACUUCCUGUUAUUCCUAAUGUCCUAAAUGAGGAACAAUGCUAGUUUGUGACAAGGAAUUUUGCAUUUUCUAAACUUUUGUCUUGUCAGUUUAUUAAGUAGUAUUUUUAAUUAUAAAUAGUGUUGAUUUUUUGCAAGGCUUUUGCACAGGGGAUUGUGUUGUGUUCAAAGUAUCUGUCUUCUUAACUGUCAUCUCAAGUGAAUUCAGGAUGAGAUUGUGUCCCGGGAGGUACUCUACAAAUUCCUCUACUGGGAGGCUCCACCCCAAGGUCCAACCCCUUACCCUUUUGUAUACCAUUUUGGCAGAAAAUGUACCCCUUUCACAUACUUUCAUAACUGGCCUGUAUUUGUGACUAAAUCACCAAGAAAGGAAGUCUUCUUGUCAUAUUCAUGUAGUACCUGAUAAAUGAAAUGAAAUCCCUUGUACCCCUGUAUAUACCUUAAACCUGAAAAAGGUUUAAGGUUUGGGCAGAGCCUCCCUGUAUAGGCCAUCAUACGGAGUACCCCAGGGAUUGUUUGAAAAAUUUUGCUCUUCGCCCAUAUAAAGAAAAUGUUUUUCCCAGUGCCCUUGAAACUUCCAAUUGUUAUCAUUCUAAACUUUUUAUAUAUUAUGGGAAAAUAAGAACUGACAGGGUGAAAAUAAAAUUAUCAACAGUUACUUCAGAAGUAAAAAAAAAAACUUUUCCAGCAAUUUGGUACUUACAGACCUUGGAAAAAUUUGUCAGUUUAAAAUCCAGUUGGUUCUUUUAAUCCCAAUUAAACUUUUUGUUUCCUGUGACUCCAACCCUUAUCCAGUGGUUACAAAUUCAUAGCACAGUCAGUAAUAUUGUGCUAUGCUGGAGAAAAUAUUUUAAAUUGUAGUAUACAUGUACCUUUGAGAUCUAAUAGUUACCUAGGUAGGACAGUCAGUGAAAUAAUUACCAAUCUUGUUUCCCCUGAGUGAAUCACAUUUCACAAAGAGAUCGUUGGUAACAUUUACCAUACUCAUGGUUUUGCUAAUCAGAAUGUCAUGGGUGUUGAACAAAAUGUGUUCUUGGUUUGAUUUGAAUAAUGUUCAGAGCACCUCCAGUAGAAAUUUACAAGACUAGUGCUUAUUCAACUGACUGGACAACAUUUUCAAUUUUUAGUUACAAGGUGUACAUGUCUCUGCUAUUUUUAUUUGGUUGUAAAUACUGUUAGAACGAAAUGUUACUCUAGACUACAGUGUCAUUUGCAUAUAGUAUUUUGUGGGUGCAUUCCCACUGAGCAGUUUCUUGUUCACACUUAAGUGUUUACUGUGAAGCAAAUAGCAACAAGGCAACACCUUAGAUAGUAGAAUUUUAUAUAUAUUCAGGGAACCAAUGUAAAUACUCAGUCAUGUUUUUGUUGGUUUGCAUAGUUUAUUUGCUUUACUGAAACAGUGUACAAUAAAAGAGUGAACUUGAAUUCAAUUCA